GGGCUGCCACGGUGGUGCCGACACGCGGCGCGCUGCCAUUGGGCAGAGGGACUCGGAGGCAGCCCUUUUCUACCCCAGGGGAGCGCCGCCUCUUCCCUUCGCAAGCCCCCCCCACCAUUUCGAACGCCGGAGCACGAGGAAGACGCACGCAGAGAUUUGGCACAUUGCAAAAAUUAGAAACUGAAUUGUAAGAUGGCAUCAGCGGAGCUUUCCCGCGAGGAGAAUGUGUACAUGGCCAAGCUCGCUGAGCAGGCUGAGAGGUACGAGGAGAUGGUUGAGUUCAUGGAGAAGGUAGCCAAGACCGUUGACUCAGAGGAGCUCACUGUCGAGGAGCGCAACCUCCUUUCUGUUGCGUACAAGAAUGUCAUUGGAGCCCGCCGUGCCUCAUGGCGCAUCAUCUCCUCCAUCGAGCAGAAGGAGGAGGGCCGAGGCAAUGAGGACCGUGUAACACUCAUCAAGGACUACCGUGGCAAGAUUGAGACUGAGCUCACCAAGAUCUGUGAUGGCAUCCUCAAGCUGCUCGAGUCCCACCUUGUGCCCUCUUCCACUGCCCCUGAGUCCAAGGUCUUCUACCUCAAGAUGAAGGGUGACUACUACAGAUACCUUGCUGAGUUCAAGACUGGGGCUGAGAGAAAGGAUGCUGCUGAGAGUACCAUGGUGGCAUACAAGGCUGCCCAGGACAUUGCUUUGGCUGAGCUGCCUCCAACUCACCCUAUUAGGCUUGGCCUGGCACUUAACUUCUCAGUGUUCUACUAUGAGAUUCUCAACUCACCUGAUCGCGCCUGCAGUCUUGCAAAGCAGGCUUUUGAUGAGGCCAUCUCGGAGCUGGACACCCUGAGCGAGGAGUCCUACAAGGACAGCACAUUGAUCAUGCAGCUCCUUCGUGAUAACUUGACCCUAUGGACAUCCGACAUCUCGGAGGACCCUGCUGAGGAGAUCAGGGAGGCGCCGAAACAGGACUCGAGCGAGGGGCAGUAAAGCAGGCUUUACGUGCCCUAGAAACUAGUAGCUAGUGUUUGCUGCUGUCUAAUGACACUAUGCAAUGUGAUCUGGACCCUGGUUUCUUCGGUGCGACGCUUGUAGCCGUGCUAUGAUUAUUGUCGGGAAAAUCUGGGGGCCCCCAUAUGAGAUGUUGCCGGGCAAGGCCUCGGUGUGUCCCCACUUGUAGCAGGUGGGGGACAGGGACACUGGAGCCAGGUUGGGUUGGGUUGGGAAGCCCCUACAACUGUUGGUGUCACUCUGUAUUUUUACCUUUUCAUCGCUGUUUAUUGUGAGUGGUCCUGCGUCAAUUGCUGGUCUA